AUGCGGCCGCGACGCCUCGUCUCUCUGCUCCUGGCCCUGGCGCUGGCCGCCUGCGCGCAUGCGAAGGUGUACUUCAAGGAGACCUUCGACGACUCAUGGACGGAGCGCUGGACCAAGUCGAAGUGGAAGGAGGGGGAGGAGUCCGAGGGCGACUGGGCACACACUGCGGGCAAGUGGUACGGCGACGAGAAGAUGGACAAGGGGAUACAGACGACCCCCGACGCGCGGUUCUACGCGAUCUGGGCGGAGAUGCCCGAGGCCUUCGACAACAAAGACAGCGACCUGGUCCUGCAGUUCUCCGCGAAGCAUGAGCAGAAGAUCGACUGUGGAGGUGGCUACAUCAAGCUUAUUCCAGAGUCAAGCAAGGAUCAGAUGGAGACAUUUGGGGGAGACACCCCGUAUGCCAUAAUGUUUGGUCCAGACAUUUGCGGCUACUCAACAAAGAAAGUCCAUGUGAUCUUGCCCUACAAGGGGAAGAAUCACCUGGUGAAAGAGGAUAUUAAAUGCAAGACAGAUGAACUGACACAUGUUUACACGCUGGUCAUUCAUCCCAACAACACAUACCAGGUGUAUAUCGAUCUGAAGGAAGAGAAGACAGGCUCAUUGUAUGAGGACUGGGACAUGCUUCCCCCUGCAAAAAUCAAGGACCCAGACGCAAAGAAACCCGACGAUUGGGACGAGAGGCCGAAAAUCGACGACCCAGAGGAUGUGAAGCCGGAGGGUUAUGACGACAUACCCAAAACCAUCGUGGAUCCAGAUGCCACACAGCCCGAUGACUGGGAUGAGGAGGACGACGGAAAAUGGGAGCCUCCAACCAUCCCCAACCCGGAGUACAAAGGGGAGUGGAAGCCCAAGAGGAUUGACAACCCUGACUACAAAGGCAAGUGGGUCCCUCCGGAUAUCGACAACCCGGAAUACGUGCACGACCCUGAACUUUACCACAUGGCGCCAUUGAAGUACCUGGGGUUUGAGCUGUGGCAAGUCAAGGCAGGGACGAUCUUUGAUAACAUCGUUGUUGCGGACGACUUCGAGGAAGCGAAGGCGAUAGCUGAGGAGACAUGGGGGAAGACAAAGGAUGGCGAGAAGGAGAUGUAUGACAAGGCGCAGGAGGAGAAGAAGGCGAAAGAGGAGGAGGAGAGGAAACGGCGAGAAGAGGAGCGCAAAGCGCGAGGGGAGGACGAUGACGAGGAGGAGGAAGACUACGAACCAAUACACGAGGAUGACGAUGAUUACAUGGAAACUGGAAAAGAUGAACUAUGA